GUUCCGGAGAAAGGAGGCAGUCUCUUCACACACAGGCGAGGAAAGUCUCUCCAGCGAACUUCGUUUCGGGUCCUGCCCUUUCGGGAAGGCCGCCUCUGCCCUCGGGGAAAUACCCGCCCAGAAGAGGCGAGUCAUCCCCACCAGCUGCCUCGUCGCGGCUCAGGGCAGCUGCUGGGGGAGCCGCCGCCGGCUGAAGCGAAAGAGGAAAGGGAAGGGAAGCUCUCUCUGCGCUGGGUGGAUUAUUGUAGAGGCCGGCGGCAGCAGGCCGAGAGGGCGCAGCGCCAGAGGCGGCGGAGGAGAAGGAGGCCGGCCGCCGCCUGAGGGAACUUGAGCCGCUUCGUCGUCGCCAGGAAGGAGGAGAAUGGGGGCUGCUGCUGCUGCUGAUGCCGCCGCGGCCCGGGGGCGGCUGCUGCGGGCCGCCCUCUGCGUGCUGCUCCUCCCGCCGAUGAGUGCCUAUGAAGGAAUCUUACAUGCUUUUAAGAGUAGCCAGCCUGAGUUAACAAAGGACUACUGCAUAUAUUAUUAUCCUGACUGGGUCUCUCUUCCCAAGACCUUAACAAACACGACUUCUAUGGAAUUGGCAGACUUAACCCCCAGAUUGUUCUGUAGUGAUUCUGACAUUCCAUCUGGAAGUAUCAAGGACAAGGCAGUUGCAGUAGAGAAUGGAAAUUGCUCACUUCUACAAAAGGCACAAAUGGCUCAAAAUCUCGGUGCUAAAGCACUGCUGGUUGUCGUGAAUGGUGGUCAGUUUUCUCCCGAAGGUAACAAUACACAGUAUAAUGUCAGCAUUCCUGUUGGGAUUAUAAGAGAUUUGGCUAUAUAUGAUAUGAAAGAGAGUUUUGGAAGUAACAUUAAUGUGAUGCUGUAUGCACCUCCUUCGUCACCUUUUGACUGCAGUAUGGUAUUCAUGUUUUUAAUUGCUGUGCUCACUGUGGCAGUGGGAGGCUAUUGGAGCGGAAUGGCAGAGCUUGGAAAUCUGAAGGCGAUUGCAAGCUCUGAAGACUCGGAAACAAGGAAGAAGGAGGAAACGGUUGCACUUACUCCCCUAAUGGUGGUUAUAUUUGUCAUCGCCUGCUGUGCUAUGCUACUUCUGCUCUACUUCUUCUAUAAAUGGCUAGUAUAUGUCAUCAUUGCAAUUUUCACCUUGGCAAGUGCAGUAAGCAUGUACAACUGUCUCAGUGCCUUAAUUAGCAAAAUACCUUUUGGAAAAUGCAGGCUUGAGUGCUUCAACAAAAGCUUUGAAGUGAGACUCAUUUUCCUUGCCGGAAUCUGCAUGGCAGCAUCUAUUGUUUGGGUAGUGUUUCGGAAUGAAGAAAGAUGGUCUUGGAUUUUGCUAGAUAUCUUGGGAAUUGCUUUUUGCGUGAACUUCAUUAAAAUGCUCAAAAUACCCAAUUUCAAGUCAUGUGUGAUUCUUCUGCUCCUUCUCUUUUUAUACGAUAUAUUUUUUGUCUUCAUCACACCAUACCUUACAAAAAGUGGGGAAAGUAUAAUGGUUGAAGUUGCAGCAGGUCCUCUUGAAAUGAAUGAAAAGAAUGAUGGAAACUUGGUGGAAGCCUCUGCUGAGCGGUCAGCUCCUCGUGAGAAAUUACCUGUGGUAUUCCAAGUGCCUCAUCUGAAAUUCUAUACACUGAUGUUUUGUUUCCCAUCAUUUUCAUUACUUGGAUUUGGGGAUGUUAUGGUGCCAGGUUUACUGGUUGCCUAUUGUCACAGAUUUGAUGUCCAGACAAGCUCUUCCUCUGUGUAUUUCAUUUCCAGUACUAUAGCCUAUGCUGUUGGCUUGGUGAUCACAUUUGUGGCUCUGGUACUAAUGAAGAUGGCACAACCAGCCCUUCUCUACUUGGUACCAGCCACACUCAUAACCAGCACAAUAGUUGCGUUGAGCCGCAAAGAGAUGAAAAAGUUCUGGAAUGGCAGCACCUAUCAGGUGAUGGAUGCCAUGGAUUAUGUUACUAAUGAAGACAACAUCAUAACAGCCAAUGAACAACAUGGAGGACCAUAACAGGGCACCUAAAAUAAUGAAUUUUCUACUCAAAAUAAGAGACUGGUCUAAUUUUUGAACUGGACUAUUUCUUAUGAUUUAUUAUAAAAAGAAUUACCUUUUUUACACUUGCACAUAUAUUUUUGUGAAAAGAUUACUGUUGAAGAUGCUAUCAGAAUGCUUAAAAUUUAUUUUUAAAACUGUUAGAAUAUAUUCAAUAAAUCUGUGCCUUGCUUUACUUUAAAAGGUUGUUGCCUGUGAGCCAGUUACAGCUCUGUGUGAGGCUUUCUGAUGGAUAUUUUCUUAAAGCUUCUUGGUUCAGAGUGGCAGCAACUAGAUGUGUCUUGCACAGGUUAUUUUGCUAGGAGUAAACUCCCAAUAAUCCUUUGGUUGGACUGUGGGUAACAUGCAAUUGUAAUAAGCCAUGGAUUGAUAGGGAUUCUCAAAGAGUGGAGGAAUGGGCUGUAUUUCAGUAUGACAUUAUUUUAUCAUCACUUCAUAAUUCUUUAAACCAGUUAUUGUUGAAGAUGGAAAGUUGUUCCAAUGUCUGUAUUAAUUGACAAACAUUGGAACAACUUCCCAUCUUCAACAAGUGUGUUUUGCUCAGUUUAUAUGCUAUCCUUUUCUCUACCCACUUGCAUGAAGAAAAGGCCAUUCAAAAACAAAUAUAGAGUAGAUAAGAACAAAAAAACUGACCUCCCCCCCCGCCCUUUUUAAACACACAUUAGUAUGUUAAACACUUAAUUCCCACACCGAGGAUUCCAUAUAUCAUUCACCCUUUAUUUCAGUAGGGAUGCAAUUAAGGGCUAUCCGACAAUUAUUUAAUUGCUGUAGCUCUUGUGCAUGUUACUCCAUUAACUAAAAUAUGUAGUGCUUGUUCUUAUGAAAGUUCAGGCUAGGCUCCUCCUGCCAUUUUUGCUCUUAUUUUGCAUUUUCUGAAGAUUUGACAGUAACUUUGAAUGCAUCUGAAGAUGUAAUAUCUGUGACAGCAUUUUCAAAAUCCUUCCUUUGGAAGCAGUGAUUAAGAAAAAGCUCCAAGUUUGAGCAGCAGCACCUUUUAAAAACUAACCAUUAUCUGGAGUCACCUUUGAGGUUACAAGCAAGUGACAGUUACUGAUUUCUUGUUUGUAAGCAGUUUUACAUGUGUCCUUUUAAAACGUAAUCCAAUUCAUACAGCAGGUGCCAGCUCUAUACAGUUCUUUAAUCCACAUAAAUAGAUAUUAUGAGCAAUACUGUAUAGAUUAGCUUCUUUCCUGAGCUGGCUCAUGAGAAUACCUCCAUUCUGUGCUGAGAAGAAAAAGAAAUGUGUUUGUAUGUGGUGACAGUGGGGAGAUAUAGAUCUGUACAAACUCCUCAAUUGUGGGCACAAUUCAUCACGAUCUUUUGUCCUGCAUAAGCUCCUUUGAAACGAAUGUGAGCGUCACAGAAUGAUCUUUUGUAGUAGUUUCAUUUCAGUUUGGCAUUCGCCAGAGAGAUGUCCUCAUUGAUCAACUUCAUCUGGAGCUCACCCACAAAAGUGCCAGUUGAUAUGGGAGAUGCAUUUGAAGUAACCAAGGCCACACGGUGACUUUUUGGGAUUGGUGAUCAACCAUCAAGGACUGCAAUCCUGAGAAACUUGAAGUAACAGCCAACCAACUGUCUUAUCCCAUCGCCACAUAGGAGUAAUCUACUUCCAGUUAUUCACCACCAACCACUAGGGAUGUGCACAAACCAUGCACUCCUGGGAGGGCAGGGAGGCGUUGUUUUAAGGGACAGGGAAGGUGCUGCCUAUCUGUGAGCCCCUGCCGUGCCACUUUUCCCCUGCUGGCACUCUCCAAAACAACAGGCGUGCUGGGUUGUAGCAUUCCUGCUUGCGCCCCAAUCAGUGUUGCCACACGCAUGGCUGGCAUGCGCAUCAGAUAUGAGCAUGGCGAUGCUGAUCGCGCAAGCAGGAAUGCUGCCGCAGCCCAGCACACCCAGAGCGCCGGCCGGGGAGGUGGGAAGCAGCAGGGCGGGGGCUGACAGGGUAGGCAGCACCUUCUCUGUCCUUAAAGCAACCCCUCACCCUUUGAACCGGUUUAAAUGCCAGCUGAUCAAACUGGUUCAUCGCUCAGGGAAGGGAGCACCAAACCGGUUUGUGCACAUCGCUACCAACCACUUCAAGCCCAAGCAGAUUCUGAAUCUAAUGCUAAUCAUACUAAACAGAACCUGAAAUAUCCCAUUUCAGAACACUGAAACGCCAGGCGAUGGGGCUGCCGCUUGAGGAUGGGGUGUAGCUUAGUGCUUUGAAUGGAUAAGGUCCCAUGGUCACUACCUGGCAUCCCCAGAUAGGGCUGGGGAAAACGGCCUGCCUGCAACCUUGGAGUGCCGCUGCCGGUCCGUGUAGACAGUACUGAGCUAGAUGGGCCAACGGUCUGACUCAGUAUAUGGCAGCUUCCUAUGUUCCAAUUACAGUGUUGCUCCCUCCUUGUCAGGACUCCUUUCCCCCCUAAGCUGUGUGACUGUGGCAAAAGGCCACACUGCAGGGAAAUUGUGAUUUGUUGGAGUCCUGGUCAUUUGCAGAGGAAGAAUUUUCUUAAACUCCCUCAAGAAGCUAGAAAUACCAGUAUUUUUACAGAUAGAGAUGCCUUUUUGAUCUUUGGUUUUCUUCAGUCUCCAGUCUGAUCUCUGGAGGAAUGUCUCACUUAAUAUUUUGAACUUCCAAACCUUAUUGGAUUAUAUUUCCCAAGGACUACAGUUGAAGGAAUUAUCUGAUAGAUGCUUAUUAAAAUAUGCAUUUCUUUCUUUCUUUCUUUUUUCUUUUUGGAGUCAUAAUGAAUAUUCCAGGGGUUUUCAUAGGCCGUAAAUGAUAGGUGAUGUUAAAUUAACAGUGUUUGCUUGGGUUAUUUAAAAACAAAAAGAUGUUAAAAGUUGGAUAAUUUAGUGUUGGCUACUGAAAAAUAUGUUUGUUAAUUUAGUUGAAUAGGAGUGAUACUGGAAACUUUUACUAGAAAUGUUGUGAUUUAAAAUAUAGUUGGCCUUGUACAAGCAAGAGCCUUAACAGUAAUGCUCAAAUCCUUAUGCCAUUAUGGCAACGAUCAUUAUGGAUAAUUGCAUUAUUUCCCACCACCCUUGCAACAUUUACAAUUUUGUCUUCUAGGAAUGUUAAUAUUUGGUAUUUAAUAAAGUUUUCGACAACAAUUGGA